AUGAAGUUAAAUCUCGUUAUUCGAUAUAAUAGGCUAUAUAAAAGCCAAGGAUCUUCUGACUCAUUAUAUCCUUUCGAGCAAAUACAAUCUACGGUUAACUCCAAAUCUUUUCACAAAUCCAUGGAGCAGUCUGCGUAUUUUGGCGGUAAUCAAGUAUAUGGUGGCAGCGGUUCAGUCUACCUUGGUCGUGUAUAUGAUCCCCGAACAGGAGAAUAUGUUGAAAUGCCAUCUGGUAGAGCUGUUCAUGCCUAUCCAAGAAGUGCCUACUUUCCUGUUGCUCGUCCUGGCGAAAAUCUUCAAGUCAGAUAUUCUGGCGCUUCUCAUGGCAAUAAUAACCUUCCUGUUGCUCGUGCUUAUGGAGAAAAUCUUCAAGACAGAUAUCCCAGUGCUUCUCGUGUUAAUAGCGUCUUUCAUCCUGUUCGUCCUCGUGAAAAUCUUCAAGUCAGCUAUCCCAGUGCUCCUCGUGAUAAUACUAGCGUCUACUUUCAUCCUGUCCGUCCUCGCGAAAAUCUUCAAGUCAGCUAUACUGGAGCUUCUAGUGGAAACGAUAUUCAUGUCAGCUAUCCUACCACUUCUAAUGCUGAUACCAGUGAAUACUUUCAAAAUCUGAAUAUGGAUGGUGCUCCUGCUCGUCCUUCAGGCGAAAAUCUUCAUGUCAGCUAUCAUAGCACUUCUCGCGGAAACGGUAUCCCUUACUAUUAUGUAUUUAUUAUACCUAAUAUCUAA